UUAAUGCAUUAAAUUACUCUACUUGGAUGGAGUAAUAAUAUUGGAUCUCCUCACUUUCUCCUCCCACUUAAAAGAGAGAACAAGAAUAUAUCAGCCCCACCUCCAUUUCCAUUCCUUCCUCUCACCCCAAGAAAUAAAUCCACAUAGAUUUGUUUCUUAGAUUAGACACAUUGCAUUUGUACUCCUGAGUUGAACACAUCUACACUUACCAAUUUUUAUCCAAAUCAAUGAGAACACAUCUAGGACUACAAUAAAGUUCAGCCUUCUCUAUUAUUCUUUUACAUUUUUGCUGAGAUCUGGUGUAGGCUUGAAAGUGAUGGGGAAGCUGGUGGAGAUUGGAGUUGUGUUUUGUGUUUUGUUUGUUUUGAGUAGAUGGGUCGCUGAAAGUUCCGAACUUGAUGCAUUUUUCAAUAGGAAUAGCAGCUCAGAUGUGUCAUUCUUGGAGUCCAUGUCGCAUUUGGAGUCUGUUUAUGGAGUUGCUGCUGCUGCUGUUCCUCCCGAUGCUCUCAUGGUGGCUCUCACUCUUGUUCAGGGAGCUGCUGCCAAAGGGGCUGUUUGUUUGGACGGAACGCUACCGGGCUAUCACUUGCAUCGUGGGUUUGGGACUGGAGCAAAUAGUUGGCUCAUCCAGCUAGAGGGUGGAGGCUGGUGCAACAAUUUACGAUCAUGUAUUUACCGUAAGAAGACACAUCGUGGGUCAUCUACAUUAUUUGAGAAGCAAAUUCCAUUCACAGGGUUACUUAGCAACAAGGCUGAAGAAAAUCCAGACUUUUUUAAUUGGAAUAGAGUAAAGGUUCGCUAUUGUGACGGUGCUUCCUUUGCCGGGGACAGUGAAAAUAAGGCUGCAGGUUUGCAGUUUAGAGGGCAACGGAUAUGGAGGGCUGCAGUUGAAGACCUGAUGUCAAAGGGCAUGCACAAUGCGAAUCAAGCUCUUCUCUCGGGUUGCUCCGCUGGUGGUUUGGCCUCUAUAUUGCAUUGUGAUGAAUUUCGAGGUUUAUUUCCUGGAAGUACCAAAGUGAAGUGCUUGAGUGAUGCCGGAUUAUUCAUGGACGUUGCUGAUGUAUCUGGUGGACGGACAAUGAGAAGUUUCUUUGCUGGCGUUGUUAGCUUGCAGGGUGUUAAAGAAAACCUGCCAAGCACUUGCACCGACCACUUGGAUCCAACUUCAUGUUUCUUCCCUCAGAAUCUGAUUUCCAGCAUCAAAACCCCCUUGUUUAUUCUCAAUGCUGCCUAUGAUUCAUGGCAGGUCCAAGAAAGCUUGGCUCCUGCAACGGCUGAUCCUCAAGGCAACUGGCAUGAUUGUAAAUUGAAUAACGAACGAUGCUCAGCAUCGCAGAUCCAAUUUCUACAGGAUUUCAGGAAUCAUAUGGUGAGUGCAGUUCGAGGCUUUUCAGGCUCGAAACAGAAUGGAUUAUUUUUAAAUUCUUGUUUCGCUCACUGCCAGUCGGAAAGGCAGGAUACUUGGUUUGCCGAUGAUUCUCCCAUAAUUAACAACAAGCCCGUUGCGCUUGCUGUUGGAGAUUGGUACUUCGAUCGAGCUACUGUCAAGGCUGUCGACUGUGCAUACCCAUGUGAUAGAACCUGUCACAAUCUGGUAUUCAAAUAGACCAGGAUAGUUAUUCUGCCUCUAUUUUUAAAGCUAAAACUUAAUCAUUUGUUAUAUAAGUAUGAUUAUUGUUUGAGCUCCCAUUGAUGCUGUUGUUACUGUAACUUCCAAGGCAAUAAUACCUCAAUUGCCAUCUAUGAUUAUCAUUGUAUUCUGAAUACUUGUACCCUUCCAUAAGAAUGAAGAGGAAUUUCAUUA